CCAGCUCAUUAGCAUGUGUGACAUCAGAAGCCUGGGAUUAAAUAAGAGGGGGGUUUCAACCAUGGCUCAGGACCACUCUGUCUUGGGACUUUAGCCUCUCGUCUCCUUUCUUUCCGCUCCUCCUCGCCGUACUCCUCAAAAUGACUGAGGCUGCUCCAGCUGCUCCCCCGGCUGCUCCGGCUACCGAGUUCACAGCGGACCAGAUGGAGGACUUCAAGGAGGCUUUUGGUCUCUUUGACAGAAUUGGUGACAGCCAGGUGGCCUACAACCAGGUGGCCGACAUCAUGCGUGCUCUGGGCCAGAACCCAACCAACCAUGACGUUACCAAAAUCCUGGGCAGCCCAUCCGCCGAUGACAUGGCCAACAAGAGGAUCAACUUCGACGCUUUCAUCCCCAUGCUGAAACAGGUUGACGCUCUGACCAAGGGAACCUACGACGACUACGUUGAGGGUCUGCGCGUCUUCGACAAGGAGGGCAACGGCACAGUCAUGGGCGCUGAGCUGCGCAUUGUGCUGUCCACUCUGGGAGAGAAGAUGAAUGAGGAUGAGAUUGAGGCCCUCAUGGCCGGCCAGGAGGACGAGAACGGCAGUGUGCACUAUGAGGCUUUCGUCAAGCACAUCAUGUCUGUGUAAGAGACCCACAGCAAGAGUGCUGAAGAAACUGUAGCUCGCCUACAGAUAGCCCAACGGUGUUCAAGACAUCUACACUGUUUCGAAGACCAACUACGGAAAGACAAGGACUUUGUACAAGGGAUGUUGAAGCAAACCCAUCUUUUUGUUUAUUUUGUUUUCCUUUCCACUUUGAGCCCUCCUCUCAGGAUAUCGCCACUCUGUUGUAGACCCCCAUCACUCGGCCUCUACUUUCCCCCCGGGGCGUGUCUCCACUCGCCGUAUGGGGUGAGGAACGGGGGAGAAGGGGUGACCACUCAUUAAGUGAGGGUAAAUCUCUGCCUUCCCACCGCCACCUCAUUCAGUCACGCAAUCACUGGCCCAGCGACGCCAAAGGUGCUGGUGGACGGACGUGGAUAGACCGCCAAAAAUCUCCCAUUACCCUGAAAAGUUGUAUUUAUUUUCAUUCUGUUUACUUCAGAAUAAACUUUUCCAAAGUACA